UUGAUAGGACCCGGAACUGGAACGCUGGCUGACUAGCUAAUCAGUCAGUGUCAUUCAAAUACACCAGCUAGUUCAAUAAGGUCGGACUGUUGUCAGAAUGGCGAUAGCGUAUAUUCUAGUAAGGCGUUUCAGCAGGGUUUUCCAAUUAAAUGUCAAAAGACAAGAUAUUAUGUUUUCAGGAGUGAGACACAAGUCUACAGUGCAUUAUGCUACACGCCCAGACUUGCCGAAACUGGCUUAUAGAAAAGUGAAGGGGAAGAGCCCAGGGGUAGUGUUCUUGCCGGGGUUUGCCUCAAACAUGGGUGGGAAGAAAGCAGAAGCCCUUGAGGAGUUCUGCCAGUCACUAGGCCACUCCUACCUAAGGUUUGACUAUACAGGCUGUGGGUCUUCUGAAGGUGAAAUAGUAGAUGGCACUGUUGGCACUUGGAAGAGGGAUGUUCUAUAUGUAUUGGACGAGCUUGUGGAGGGGCCACAAAUUCUGGUUGGCUCCAGUAUGGGCGGCUGGCUGAUGUGCCUGGCAGCUAUAGCUCGUCCAGAAAGAACUGCGGCCAUGGUUGGCAUCUCUACAGCAGCUGACCACUUUGUAACUGUCUACAAUACACUUCCUAUUGAGGUGAGGAAGGAGAUUGAAGAGAAGGGGCAGUGGGUGGUUCCUACCAAACACAAUGAGGAGGGCUCCAUCACGUUCACCACAGAGUUCCUGAAGGAGGCAGAGCAGCACUGCGUUCUGCAGAGCCCCAUUCCAGUGACUUGCCCGGUGAGGCUCAUCCAUGGGAUGAAGGACCAGGAUGUGCCUUGGCACGUCUCCAUGCAGCUAGCUGAGCGUGUGCUUAGCAACGACGUUGAUGUCAUCUUGCGCAAGCAUGGCCAGCACCGCAUGGCAGAAAAGGAGGACAUCAAGCUCAUAGUCUACACCAUCGAUGACCUCAUAGACAAGCUGACCACGUUGGUUUGAGUGACCAAAUCAGGACAAUGCUGUGGGUGACUCCAACCACCCCGACCCCAACUUUUCCGCACUCAGGCCGUUUGGUUCCCAAUGCGUUACAUAAUCGAAGGUGCUAUUGUACCUAACACACACGGUGAAGAAAAUGAACUCUUGUGUUUUCUCCCGGCUCUCUCCAUGCCUUUUAUUAGGAUUUGUAUUUACCAUUGCCAUGACACUUUGUUCCCACUACUACCAAACUUCUUGGGCCUGCUGUGAACAGUUUUGAUUUAUUCCCACAAUGUGGUCUGAUAGUUAUUCCGUUAAGCCUUCAAUGAGUAGGGAUCACUCCUAUUAGAGUAGCCCAUCAGGUACAGAUGCAUUAUGUCCAUUUGUGAGACAUUUAUUUUAUCCACUGUCAAUUUUAUUCAAACAAGUGUGAUGUGCCUUUUGUUAUAUUUAUGCAUGUACUCUUAAAGACCAAUAGGAGGCAGCAAAUAUCAGCACAGUAUUUUAGGCACUUCACCAUGUAUUUGUAUUAUUAUGAAUCCCCAUUAGCUGCUGCAGCUACUCUUCCUUGUGUUAAGGCAGUUCUACAAUGUCAGUUAUGGUGUGGCAGUUCUACUAUGUAACAUGUCUCCAGCAGAGGAAGGAGGGGGUGUUGUCUGUGGAACGAUCGGUUGAAAAAUAACUUUACUCAACUAAUGUUUGAUUCUAAUGCUGACGUCCAUGCGUUGCCCAUUUCUUAUGCUGUCUGUAUUAGCUGUUUGGUUCAAAUGCUGACAGAACAUGUGUUUGUAUUGAUUUGUCCAUGCCAUUUAAUUUUGCACAUAAGGUCAGAACAGAAUAUUGACUAUGACAACUCAUGUAGAACUGAGCAUUGUGUUAUAUUAAAAUGUAUUUUACC